UAUAGAAAACUAAAUUUUCUUAAGAUUUAUAACCUCACUUUUGAAAACAACAAAAUUAAGUAUUAAAAUGCGGUUUCUAUCAGUUUUAUACGCAAGAAAUGUUACAAUACAAAAAGAUGUACCCUUCCAAGAACUAUUACCGUUAAAGUUGAAAUCAAAAGUAUCAGGGAAAGGAAGUACUGCAAAUGAAGUUUGUUGUCUGUACGAAAUGUCGAUUAUGUUGGCCUGUUUUAAAGAUAAAGAGUUUAAUCAAACUAUGUGUGCAAAGGAAAUUGAAAAUUUUAAAAAGUGUUAUGUAGCUAGUAUGGAAGAUAAACGGUUAUUAAAAGAAAGAGAGGCUAAAGGUAUCAUUGCACCUGGCGAAAAGAAGUUAACUCAUAAGCAAGUUACAAGUUUAUUGAAAAAGUAUCCAAUGGUGUAAUGAUUUAAUGUAAAUAAUAUAAUGUAGAAAAAUAUAAUAAAGACAACU